CCCUGCGUGUAAUCUGCUUUGGUGAGCGUGCAUCUUCAGCUGGACCAACACGCUAACGUUAUGCAGACCAGGUGGCCAUGGCUUGGAAGUCGAGGACCCGCACGCUGCAGGUGUUUGACACGGAGCUGAGUGCGGAUACGGUGGAGUGGUGUCCGCUCUCCUCCAGCUACGACAUCCUAGCAUGUGGGACCUACCAGCUGCAGAAAGCGGGAGAAAGUGAGGAUGCUCCUCACAGGCGGACCGGGCGUUUGUACCUUUUUGAAUUUCGGCGUGAGGAUUCGAUGAUCCCUCCUCUUACCGAGCUGCAGCGCCUAGACACAGCAGCCAUUUUAGAUCUGAAAUGGUGCCAUGUCCCCGUGUCCGAACGGCCCGUACUGGGCAUGGUCACUGCUACCGGAGAGCUGCAGCUCUACACCCUGCUGGAUGAUCAGGAAGGUGGGCGCAGUCUGAAGGCUAUGUGCAGUUCAGCGGUGGGAGCAGAGCGGCUGGCUUUGUCUUUGGAUUGGUCCACUGGAAGAAUGGAAAGCAGCAGUGACAUCCGGGUGGUGUGCAGUGAUUCUGCAGGCUGCGUCGGGGUGUUCUCGCUGGCUGAAGGAGCUCUGGUGGCUCUGUCCCAAUGGAAAGCGCAUGACUUUGAGGCCUGGAUCACAGCUUUUUCCUACUGGAACACACAGCUGGUUUAUUCUGGGGGCGAUGAUUGCAAACUCAAGGGUUGGGACCUCAGAGCGAGUCCAUCAAGCCCUGCUUUCACCAGUAAAAGGCACUCCAUGGGUGUGUGCAGCAUUCACAGCAGCCCUCAUCUGGAACAUAUCCUGGCCACAGGCAGCUACGAUGAGCAUGUGUUGCUGUGGGACGGCAGGAACAUGCGGCAGCCCCUCGGGGAGAGCGCAGUGGGAGGAGGGGUGUGGAGGCUGAAGUGGCAUCCGACCCAUCAGCACCUGCUGCUGGCAGCAUGCAUGCAUAAUGACUUCCAUAUCCUUCACUGCCAGCAGGCCUUAGAGGGCCGUGGGGAAGCUUGUCCCGUCGUUUCCUCCUACAUCCUCCACAACUCCUUGGCUUACGGAGCCGACUGGUCCAGGCUGUCCCUCGAUGCCCCGGCGCCGCAGUCCCCUCCUGCCACAGAACCAAAGCAAAGCCUCGCAGAGAGCAGGGGACAUGUAAGGAUUCAGUACGAGUCUCCUACGGCCAGCUUUGACACCUCCCUUGAGGACGACGCAGGACGUUACAUCCCAGAGGCCGUGGUCACGUCCUCCACCGGCCCUGCUGCACCUCCAGCUCCCAACCCUGACCAGGAUGCCCCCUCGCUGUCCUGUCUGCUAGCUAGCUGCUCUUUCUACGACCAUAUGCUCCACGUGUGGCGCUGGGACUGGACUCCUGAGGAGUCGGAUCAACACUGAACUGCGGUGACAUCUGCAGGCGUAUAGAUGCAUCCCAUAAUACCCUGUACAGCUCAAAGAAUGCAACCUCCUUGUAGCCGAGUCUCCUUCUACACCUAAACAUGUUUAUUAAGCAGAAACCUAUUUUGAUUAUGAUGCUGUUUUUAUAAUAAACGCUUUAUGAUCCUCAUAU